AUGUAUUGUUCAGCAAACGAAACAUCAGAUGGGGGUGGAAUGAUCGUGUGGACUGAUAAAGGUUUCACCAUCUGCUUUUUUGAUACGUUCACAACAUCAAUUCUAUUUGGUUUUAUAUUAAUUUUUGGUUUAAUUCAAUAUAUUUUUUAUAAACGGUUUGGAUUCAAAAUCGAAAGAGAAUACAUCGAUGCGUCAGUUUUAUAUUCCAUUCAAAUUGUAUUAACAGUUCUCCUGGCAUGUGAACCAAUUCUACUGUAUGCAACAGAAACAACAGCAUUUGGAAAAAGCAAACUUCCGGGUUACACAAUCUUUCGUUGUGUACUUCGAACUGCAGUUUGGUUAUUUUCAUUGAUCAUUCUUCGAAUUGAACGGACCAAAACAAUGCCAACAAGUCAAACACGUGGCCAUGGUUUGACACUCUUGACAUUUUGGUGCAUUGCAGUUUUAAUCGAAUUAUGCACUUUGAUAUCUUAUCGUUCGUCCUUAUGGUUUUUCCAGCCGAUUGUUCAUCAUGAAUCACCGAUUGAAGAAAUUCAACUAGUUCGAUUUGGCUAUUGGAUAUUUCGGCUGAUUGGAACGAUAUGUGUAUUUUGCAUUGGUCUUCGCGCCCCCGGUGUACCACGACGACGUUAUACAGCAAUGUUAAAUCGAACUCAAUCACAAACUGAAGAAGAGAGUAGAAAAGAAAAUGUUUGGAUAAAAUUCUUUCACCAUUUCAAAACCUUAGCACCAUUCAUCUGGCCACGAGGACAUUUUGGUUUACAAAUCAAUAUUCUUAUUUGCAUCGCCAUUGUUCUUUGUGGCCGAUUGAUUUCAAUCGAAGUUCCUCGAUAUACGAAAUUGAUCACGGAUGAAUUGAUUCAGCCGAGUAAUGCAACCACGGACACAUUUAUGAAUCUCGGAGCAAAACUACGUGCACCACAAAGUUGGCCAUGGAGACUAGUAGUGAUAUUGGCGGCUUUAAGAUUUCUACAGGGUGCAGGCGGAUUUGGCUCAGGUUUAUUAUCAAUUGCUCGUUCGACAUUAUGGGUGAAAAUUGAUCAGUAUACGACUCGAACAUUGAAACUUCGAGUUCUUUCUCAUUUACAUGACUUAUCAUUACGUUGGCAUUUAGUACGUAAAACUGGUGAAGUUUUGCGUAUCGUUGAUCGCGGUACUGAAUCAGUCGAUUCGUUACUCAACUACAUUUUGUUCAAUAUAUUUCCAACAAUAGCAGACAUUAUUGUUGCUGUUGUUUACUUCAUUAUUCAGUUCAAUAUCUGGUUCGGUAUAAUUGUGUUUGCAACUAUGUUGAUUUAUCUUCUGACGACAAUUGUUAUUACCGAAUGGCGAACGAAAUUUAAGAAAGAAAUGAACAAACUCGAUAAUGCGGUAAAUGCAGCUGCUGUUGAUUCGUUGGUUAAUUUCGAAACAGUAAAGUAUUACGGUGCAGAACAAUACGAAGUAGAACAGUAUCGUGAAGCAAUUGAAAAGUACCAAAAAGCCGAAUGGACCAAUCAAAUCAGUUUACAAUUUCUGAACAUUGUUCAAUCAAUUGUCAUCACUAUUGGUUUGACAAUCGGCUCAUUGUAUUGUGUCUGGCUUGUUAGUAGCAAACACGAAUUAACUGUUGGUGACUACGUGCUAUUCGGUACAUAUGUUCUACAAUUAUACACACCAUUGAAUUUCUUUGGAACGUACUAUCGGAUGAUUCAGCAAGCUUUUGUUGAUAUGGAAAAUAUGUUGGACUUAUUGGACAUUCGACCUGAUGUGCAAGAUUCUCCAUUUGCUAAGGAUCUUGUGAUUAACACCGGAAUGAUUGAAUUUGACAACGUUUGCUUUCAUUAUCAACCAGAACGACCAAUCUUGAAGAACGUUUCGUUCAGCGUUUUGCCCGGUCAAACUUUGGCUAUCGUGGGUCCAUCGGGAGCAGGAAAAACUACAAUUGUUCGGUUACUCUUUCGGUUUUAUGACAUUCAAUCUGGUUCCAUUAAAAUUGAUGGUACAGAUAUCAACUCCGUUACACAAAAUUCUCUUCGUCGUUCGAUUGGUGUUGUACCACAAGAUACAGUCUUAUUUAAUCGAGAUAUUUUAUACAAUAUACGUUAUGGCCGAGUGACAGCAACAGAUAGAGAAGUCGAAAAUGCUGCGCGUACCGCUGAAAUGCAUGAGCGAAUACAAACAUUUCCAGAAGGAUAUAAAACAGUUGUUGGUGAACGUGGAUUGAAGUUAUCCGGUGGCGAAAAGCAACGAGUUGCUAUUGCAAGAACACUUCUGAAAGCGCCUGCAAUUGUUUUAUUGGAUGAAGCCACAUCCGCAUUAGAUACAAUCACCGAACGACACAUUCAGUCAGCGUUGAGAACUGUUUGUGAAGGUCGAACAACAAUUAUUGUUGCACAUCGAUUAUCCACCAUCUCACAUGCUGAUGUGAUUGUUGUACUUAGAGACGGUGAAGUGGCCGAACGCGGUUCCCAUGAAGAACUCCUAGCUCUCGCUGAUGGUCUGUAUGCAAGUAUGUGGAGGGAACAAUCAACAUCGUAUACAAACGCCGACAAACCAACCACCAUGGAUAAUGAAGCACCGAGCGAAAAAGAUUAUCCGGCAGCUUCCAGUCAUCACCAUCAUCAUUAA